AUGCCGGUUGGGACUCGCCUCUCAGAGUGGCUCCGUAGGGUCUUCCACGGUGCUGAUCCACGAGUGUGUGUCGCUUUUUGGCUCUUUGGUCUCAUCAACAAUGUCCUAUAUGUGAUCCUUCUCUCCGCGGCGCUCGAUCUCGUCGGUCCAAAUGUGCCCAAGGGCGUUGUCCUUCUCGCGGACAUCAUCCCCUCCUUUGGUACCAAGCUAAUCGCGCCGUACUUUAUCCACAUGGUACCUUAUUCAGUCCGGGUGGUGAUUUUCGUCUUUUUAUCGGUGCUGGGGAUGCUUGUCGUCGCGACUAGUCCGAGCUACACAGAUGGAGGCGCCAUCUCAUCCAAGAUCGCCGGAAUCGUUCUCGCCAGCCUGUCGGCCGGCGGCGGCGAGUUGAGUUUCGUCGGGCUUACCCAUUUCUACGGACCGUUCAGUUUGGCAGCAUGGGGAAGUGGAACAGGCGCCGCUGGCCUGAUCGGAGCAGGCGCUUAUGCUCUGGCGACCUCGACGCUGAAGAUUUCCGUUCAGGCUACGCUUCUGGCGUCUGCGAUCCUUCCAGCAAUCAUGGCCCUGAGCUUCUUUGUGGUCCUCCCUCGAGGUGCACUGCAAGGCAAUGGUUCCGCGACGCACGAGUAUCGCUCUACGGCGCAGGACCGGGACGAGGACUCGGAUGAUGAAGCUCUCAAUGAAGAUGGUCAGGAGGCCGAUCGCAGCGAGGAGGAUGGGCUUUUGCCAAACCCCAUCCACGCAGCGGACGCUUAUAAGCCUGUUCAGAUCAGAGGAUCAACGACAUGGUGGAGUCGAUUCCGAUUGAACUUUGCGCUCCUGCAAGGACUAUUCAUUCCCUUUAUGCUGCCGUUGCUUCUCGUAUAUAUCGCUGAAUAUGUGAUUAACCAGGGUGUCAGUCCCACCUUACUCUUCCCUCUGGACCAGACGCCAUUUGAGAAUUUCCGCGCCUUUUAUCCCGCCUACAAUGCCAUCUACCAGGCCGGAGUUUUCAUCUCGCGCUCUUCGACCCCGUUCUUCCGCGUCCACCAUCUCUAUAUCCCCUCGUUCCUCCAGAUCGCGAAUCUCAUCCUCUUGACCCUCCACGCCAUGUUUGAUUUCAUCCCCAAUGUCUAUAUCAUCUUCUUGAUCAUCUUCUGGGAAGGAUUGCUGGGCGGCUUGGUUUACGUGAAUACCUUUGCAGAGAUCACCGACCGAGUCCCCAAGCAGGAUCGGGAAUUCUCGCUGGGCGCUACGACCGUGAGCGAUUCCGCGGGAAUUUGUAUAGCGGGCUUCUUGAAUCACGUUCUGGGAAGACCAUCGACUCGGUUCCGCAAGAUUCAGGUCUUUGCCGUCGUGUCAUUCUGGUCUCUCUAUUUACUCAAGGCCGACAAACACGGACCACCUCUCGUUCGAUCCGUUUCUUCGCGCCUGUCAGGCAAGCUCACCAGUUGGCAAACGACCGUGAUCAUCUUCUUGUGGCUGUAUGUGAGCCGCAACUUUGCAAAGAUUGUCGGACUGGAGUGUCCUGAACCGCUGGCCAACCUCUACUCUCGAUCCUUCUUUCGGGCCACAUGGAUCACCACGGGACUCGAUGCAGGGUUUUGGACCGCCAUGAAGAUCAAGCCCAAAUGGCUGCGUGACUUGGCCUCGCUGGUCUUUACGGUAUAUUAUCUGAUCGCUGCGGAACAGGCGGAUGAAAAAGUCCGACGAGUCCGGGGAACACUGACCUUGGAACAUUUGCGUGUAUCCUGGAACAAGGCCACCACCCCGUAUCUCUGGUUUUUGGCCAACUUGUUGCGCCCACGCUUGACCACGUAUGGCCCGCGAGCUAUCCGCAUUCCACGACCCAAGCAGUCGGCUUAUACCGAGACGGUCAAUGCCUGGUUGUACUUUGACGGACCCUUGAGUGCGCUCAAAGGUCAGACGUCUGUUGUGCUAGACGUGCCCGGAGGAGGAUUCGUGGCGAUGGGACCCCGUCACUCAGAGGACAAGCUGCUCUCGUGGGCUGGCCAAUUGAAGGUCCCCAUUCUGAGUAUCGAUUACAGAAAAGCCCCCGAGUAUGCGUAUCCAUAUGCGCUGCAUGAGUGUUUUGAUGUCUAUCACACGAUCAUGGCAACCAAUGGUCGCUGCCUGGGCCUGAGUGGCUCCACGCGUCCUCGCAUUGUCGUGACCGGAGAGAGUGCAGGUGGCAACCUCGCGGUCGGUAUGACGCUGAUGGUCUUGCAGUCCGCCAUGACACAGAGCUGGCAAGGCGACGGUGUGUUGCCUCGUCCAGAUGGCGUGGUCUUGGCCUACCCGGCACUAAAUGUCAAGGUUGAAAGUUGGAUGACGGACGAGCAAAUGUCACUGAUCCAGGAUAAGAGCUGUCGCCAGACCAACAACGGGGUCUUACAACGCAAACAAGAUCAGUACCGCAAGCUCACUCCGUACACCUCGCCAGGCCACUCUGUUGAGAACCUGACGGCGCUCACGGCGGUUCUCACGGAGAAAGAGGCGAUCGACGGAACAGACCCGCCAGCCAUGACAGAGAGUGACAUCGCGGCCGAGACCAUCAAGGCGUUACAGGACAAAUUCCAGAAGAGUGAUCGCGUGGCCGGCAACACGACGGCCGAGCCGGUUCGUCAUACCAACCCGCUCAAGACUCGAUUGGCUGUCUCGUCGAUGAUCUCGUAUGUUCACGACCGGAUCCUCACCCCCGAGAUGAUGCGCGCCAUGAUCAUUUUGUAUAUUGGGCCGCAUCACCGACCUGACUUCAAUACGGACUUUUAUUUGUCGCCUGUGCUUGCACCGGACACACUGUUAUCACAGUUUCCCAAGACAUAUAUCAUGACGGGCGAGCGCGAUCCUCUGGUCGACGACACCGUCAUCUUUGCCGGUCGACUGCGGCAAGCAAAGCUCCAACGGUUUCACGAGCGUCAGGAACUGGGGCUGGAGAAAUCAAAACGCCAAUUCAAUGAGAAGGACCACGUGGAAGUAUCUCUAAUUCCGGGGGUGUCUCAUGGCUUCAUUCAGAUGGCCGGUUUCUUCCCCGAAGCAUGGAAGUAUAUCAAUCGGAGUGCGCAGUGGGUUGAAAGUUUGUUGCACAGCGAAGAUCUCCAGAGCUCCGAAUACAGUCUUCUUCAGCUGUCUCAACUUUCCAGUUCGCAGAUCCCCAGGCGAGUCGGUCCAAUGAACGCAAAUGGUAUUCACAAAGAUACCAAGAUGGCGCUUCACCAUCAUCGAAGUUUCACAGGAGAGUCCUCUGCCGAUGAGGAUCGCCCCCUGGAGAUGAGUAUGAGCACGAUCAGGACUACCACAGCGCCAUCAUCGACCACUCACAGGCUCCGGUCUCACUCCGACGCCAGAUGCAAAUCCAAAUCGCAAUCACCUUCAGCCUCGGCCACAACGUUCGUCACAGAAGUCCCCCUCCGCCGCAGACGAUCCAAAUCCUCCUUCGCCUCGUCUCACCUCAGCGGUCUGACUACUCUAGGUCACCACGAAUCCCGCAACGUGCGCGAGUUCCGGGCCAAACUGAAGCGAUUGGAGAUGAGUCGCGCCCGCGAAGAACCCGAAUUCCCCGAUGAGGUAACCAGUGCACCAGAGAGUCCGGCGGCGAUGAGGUCAAGGCAGCCGCUAGAAAGAAGCAGGAGUAUUACCUCACUUGAUAGCGAGGAGGACAUUUUAGAUCGUCGGAUGAAUGGGCUGGCGAGUGGGUUGAUGGGGAUGGGAGAUGGGGCGAAGACGCCGGGGGCAUAA